AUGAUUCUUGGGACAAUAAGCACUACUGGGAAUCAAAUAACCAAGGCUUCAACAAAUAUAGUCAUGGGAGAAGCAAUUGAUGCUUUUAGAGGAAAUGGUAACGCUAAACAUGUAGUUUAUGAAGUUUCCAAGGUGUCUCUGAAGUUUGCAAUACUAGGUGUAGCUUUCUUUCUGGCAGCAUUUUUACGAGCUAUUCAUGCAUGCACUAUUACAGAGGUGGCUUGUUGGGUGUCCAAUGGGGAGAGGCAAGUAGCGAGAAUAAGAGGCGUAUACCUCAAAGCAAUUUCGAGGCAAGAUAUCAGAUUCUUUGACAAGGAAACCAAUACUGGUGAGGUUGUUGGAAGGAUGUCAGGUGACACAGUUCUUCUUAUUCAAGAAGCCAUGGGAGAGAGGGUAUUAAUGGACUACUCUUCAAGUCCCAAAGAGGUACAGUAUAGCGUCAAGGGUUGGCUCCUAACUCUGGUUCUUCUAUCUUGUAUUCCACCUCUUGUUCUCUCCAACUCGAUAAUGAGCUUUACUUUCGCAAAGUUGGCAUCCCGUGGACAAGCAGCUUAUUCUGAAGCAGCACAAGCAGCAACGGUAGUAGAUCGCACAAUUGGUUUAAUUCGAACUGAUGAGAAUCAAGUUAUAGCUCAAUACGAUCAACCCUUAAUCAAAGCUUACAGGACUGCAGUGCAAGACGGCAUGGCUGCUGGCUUAGUGGUUCAAGAUAUUGCUACAGUAAUUAUAGCCUUCGCAAUUGCCUUUGAGGCAAACUGGCAGCUUUCUCUCAUCAUUAUUGUUUUGCUACCUCUAUUAUUAGUAAAUGGACAACUGCAAAUGGGCUCCAUGCAAGGAUUUGUCAGUGAUGCAAAGGUUUGCAAAUCCAAAGGUAAGUCCAAUUCAAGUGGUUGGAAUGAUGUGGCAAGGAAAGGAUAUUGUCUCCUGUGUUUAAUUAGUACUAACAUCCAUUUGAUCAAUGUUCAAUGUGCUGUAUAUGUUGCAGUAUGGAAUAUCAGAACAGUAGCUUCUUUCUGUGCAGAAGAGAAGGUGCUGGAGUUAUACCAGAAGAAAUGUUCAGGACCCAUCCAGACAGGCAUAAAGCAAGCUUUUAUGCUGCAGCCCGACUUGUUGAGAAUGGCAAAACAUCAAUCUCAGAUUGAUGUUUUCCGAGUAUUUUUCACUCUCACAAUGGCAGCAAUAGCAAUGUUACAAUCUGGCUUCAGGGCCCCGGGUGCGAGCAAAGCAAAAAAUUCUAUGGCUUCUACAUUUUCUAUUCUUGAGCAGAAAUCAAAUAUAGACCCCAGUGAUGAGUCCGGAAUGAUGUUGCAAGAAGUGAGGGGAGAGAUUGAGUUUCACCAUGUCACUUUCAAGUACCCAACCAGGCUUAAUGUGCUUGUGUUCAGAUAUCUCUCCUUCACCAUUCAUGCAGGAGAGGAAAACAUGAGUCUUUUUAAACAAAAUUAUCUAGGUCUCUCUUUAGGGAGAAUCUUAGAGUUUGAUUAUACUGAUGGAAAUCAGACAGUUGCUCUAGCUGGAGAAAGUGGAAGUGGAAAGUCAAUAAUAAUCACAUUGUUGCAAAGAUUUUAUGACCCAGAAUCAGGUCAGAUUACACUAGAUGGAUCAGAAAUCCGAAAUCUACAACUUAAACGGUUUAGGCAGCAGAUGGGCCUGGUAAGCCAGGAACCAAUAUUGUUUAAUGAAUCCAUCCGAGCAAAUGCCCACACGUUCAUUAGCAGUUUGCAACAGCUUGACAAACAUUCGGGUUCAACCCAUCUGAGGGAUCACUCUCUGCUACAGAGAGCAGUCAAACUUGGUGCACAGAUGAUGGCCAUUGUGACAUUCACGUCAUCUCACAAAUCACUUACAUUGAAGUUCUUAUAA